CGGCGGCUCGGGCAGCCCGACACCAGCGAGGGCCGCGGCCGAGCUCCCGGCCUGCCGUCACUCGGCGCGGCUGGCGGGCGCCGCUUCCCGCCGACUUGCAGGCUCGCAGCCCCCUUGCCCUCAGCCCCCCGCCAGGGCGGGAUGAAGCUGCGCAGCGAGCGCCUGCCCCUGGCCUCCAGCACCCAGCUCGCCCCUGAGGAAUCAGAGAACUGCAACCGUGCUGCUUUAUUUGCAAAAGCUGAGGAGCUGUUGAUGAAGAGAAUGGCAAGUGGAGAUCCUGUGGCAUGGUUUUUGAGAGGACAGCUGUACUAUGAAGAGGGCUUGUAUGAAGAAGCAUUAAUACAAUUUGAAAAAAUCAAGGAUGCAGAUUUUCAAGCAAUGUAUCAGCUUGGUGUAAUGCAUUAUGAUGGACUAGGCACUACAGAAGACCCUGAGAGCGGGGUGAAAUACAUGAGGAAAAUACUCUACUCUGAUUCCCCAAAAGCAAGACACUUGAAGUUUGCAGCUGCAUACAAUCUUGGCAGAGCAUAUUAUGAAGGAUGUGGUGUCAAGCAGUCAACUGAAGAGGCUGAAAGGUUGUGGCUUUUUGCUGCAGACCAUGGAAAUCCUAAAGCAAGCAUAAAGGCCCAGAGUACUUUAGGAAUGCUUUAUUCUAUGUCAGCUCAAAAAGACCUGAAGAAGGCCUUUUUCUGGCAUUCAGAAGCAUGUGGCAACGGAAGUCUGGAAUCACAGGGAGCACUCAGUGUUAUGUAUCUCUAUGGACAAGGUAUAGGUCAAAACACUAAGGCUGCUUUGGAGUGUUUGAGAGAAGCAGCACAACGUGGCAACAUCUAUGCUCAAGGUCAUCUUGUGGAAUAUUAUUACAGUAGAAAAUUUUACUCAACAGCUGCUGCAGUAGCCAAAAGAAUUACAGACCACGAUGACAUCAAUAUGCUAGCAAAGAUAACCGACUGUCUUCCCACGUAUGUUGCCAAGGGGGUUGCUAUGGCUGCUUUCUACUUGGGUAGAUGCCUCCACCUUGGCCGAGGUGUACAGCAAGAUCAAGCUGCUGCUGCAAAAUACUAUUCUAGGUGUUACAGAGGACAGGAUGAGGAGGAGAAAGGGAAAGGAAUAUAAGCUGGUGUUAAGAAUGCUGUAGGCAGCAGUCCAAGGAAGUGUUAAGGACUUUCACUCAUGAGUCACUACCUGUACAUCUGAGCCUGAUACAGGAAGGCUGCUGCCUUCUUAGUAUAAGGAGAGAUGAUUUCUAUUGAUUGGUGGCAUGCAUCUCCACUCAACAACAGAAGAGAAGUAAUGGUAAAUAAACAAGGAAGCUACCUGAAGCAGUAACUUGAGAACAAGUAAAAGACAAGAGUUGUGGGUGCGUUCAGUUUCUUUCGUACUUGGAAAAGAAUUCCUGUGUUAACUGUACAAUUAUACCCACUUAAAAUCAAAAUCUUGUUUGCUUUUUUAAUUAAUUGCUCAGCUAUGGUUUUGGCCUACCAUUCUAAGACCCUGUCAGUUCUGAAACGCAAGAAAGAGAAGAUGGGCAUUCCAGGGGAUACUGAAAAAGGUGAUGCAAGUGAAGUAAACUGAUCCUGCCUGUGAGCAGAUUUAGGUUUUUGACUGUGGUGGCAGCACAUGCCAUAUCAACAAAGAGAAUAAAAAAUUAAAACCAACACUACAGUCAAGUAUGCUCAUUUUAAAUACUCAUUUCUUUUCUUUAGAAAAAGGGAUUUAAAGCUGUGUAGCAUAUUAACUCUUUAACAUUUUAACAAGUUGGUUAACUUUUGUUGUAAUUAUCUGAGAUAAAGACCUUAUUAGUGUUAUAUUGAUGUUGACAACAUACAAUUUUACUUUAGCCAUAAACUAGAACUGCCUGUUC